UGUUCCAAUGUGUUAUGAGCUAGAACACCGUUUUGACUGACAUUUGUCUGCCCGGCAUUUCUAUUUUCGUGUGGCACUUGUAGAUUAUCCACUUGUAUUUACCACAGAUUGGUUUAGAGAUAUAGACGUAGUUAUCAUUUGUUACUUUCAUACUCUGCAUAACCAUGCCUGGAUUUUCCGACAGAGAUCGUGGCAGAGACAGGGGGUAUGGAGCUGCACCUCGUUUUGGAGGCGGCGGUGGUGGCAGUAGGGGUGGACCCCCUCAGGGGAAAUUUGGCAACCCAGGGGAAAGGCUGCGCAAAAAACACUGGAACAUGGAUGAGCUCCCAAAGUUCGAGAAGAACUUCUACCAGGAGCAUCCGGAUGUGACCCGCAGACCACCUCAAGAGGUGGAGAACUACCUGCGAAGUAAAGACGUAACAGUGAAAGGCAGAGACUGCCCCAAGCCCAUGAUGAAGUUUCACGAGGCCAAUUUUCCAAAUUAUGUGAUGGAUGUGAUUGCCAAACAAGGUUGGGCUGAGCCAACUCCUAUCCAGGCGCAGGGCUGGCCUCUGGCCCUCAGUGGGAAAGACAUGGUGGGCAUCGCCCAGACAGGCUCCGGUAAAACCCUUGCUUAUCUUCUACCUGCAAUCGUGCACAUUCAACACCAGCCAUUCUUGGAGCAUGGAGACGGACCUAUAUGUUUGGUGCUGGCCCCGACCCGUGAGCUGGCUCAGCAGGUGCAGCAGGUUGCCGCUGAGUACGGCAGGGCCUCCCGCCUGAAGUCAGUCUGCGUCUAUGGUGGAGCCCCCAAAGGACCCCAGAUUCGGGACCUUGAGAGAGGUGUUGAGAUCUGUAUUGCCACCCCAGGGCGUCUCAUAGACUUCCUGGAGGCUGGGAAGACCAACCUUCGCAGGUGUACUUACCUUGUGCUGGACGAGGCUGACCGUAUGCUGGACAUGGGCUUCGAGCCCCAAAUCCGCAAAAUUGUGGACCAAAUUCGACCGGAUCGUCAGACCCUCAUGUGGAGUGCCACCUGGCCCAAGGAGGUGCGCCAGCUAGCUGAGGACUUCCUGAAGCAGUACGUCCAAAUCAACGUGGGCGCGCUGCAGCUCAGCGCUAACCACAACAUCCUGCAGAUAGUGGACGUGUGCAACGACGGCGAGAAGGAUGACAAACUCCUCCGGCUGCUGGAAGAGAUCAUGAGCGAGAAGGAGAACAAGACCAUCAUCUUUACCGAGACCAAGAGACGCUGCGAUGAGCUCACCAGGAGGAUGAGACGAGAUGGCUGGCCAGCAAUGGGUAUCCACGGAGACAAGAGCCAGCAGGAGAGGGACUGGGUUCUCAAUGAGUUCAAAUACGGCAAGGCCCCCAUCCUCAUCGCCACUGACGUGGCCUCCCGCGGUCUAGGUGCAGUCUUUGUGGCAGGGCCUAGGCAUGACAAGUCCCAGGCCUCGAGGGGGAAGGAGGACAUAUUGGAAAUGAAGUUGCCCCACUGGCUGCCACCCAGUGGGCCUAGAGAGGUGAAAGCUCUGUGUGCCAGUAAUCCUCAAGUCAAAAGGCAGUGUGGCUAAGCCUUGUUUCUGAUAUCUUUUUUUAUUUUUUAUACAUGACAUUAUUUGUUCUCUGUCCAUGGAUUUUUACCUGAAAUGCCUUCGUCGAGACGUUUCCAACUCAAACGUUACACACAAAUGCUUGACGUGACCAUUUGCCUUGCAUGCGUUUUGUAGAGGGCACUGUAUUGCAAGUCACUGUUUUGAGAUUUGGAGAGAUUCAGUUAGUUGCGGAGCUUGUCCCCAAAAAAGCAUGGGCGUUGCGAAUGUCACGGCUUUCCAUUGCUAUAUAUUUUUUCUCCCUCGCUCAAAGCACUGGUUUUCUUGAAAUGGAGAGAGCAGUUUUCAACUUACAGUUGUCGAAUUGAAAUUGAUGAGAAACUGGCACGUGUUUAAGGGGCUAUGGGAACAUCUAGAGAAAGUGAAAAUAGAAGAGCUUCAAAAACCAAAGUUCCUCCCUCGCCUGCUUUUUAAAGUCAUGUCGAGACCUGCCAACGAGAGACAUUUUCUCAAGUGAACGAACACUGGCUUCUGGGAAGAUCUUGCCUAGACGAGACUGAUGGGGGCGGGGUGCUCUAUGCUCUCUGAGGGGCACCACAGGGGUCAAUACUUGGACCUUUUUCAUUUUUGCCUUUUUUGGGGUCCCCCCUCAAAUUAGUACUUGGUCUAUUCGGUCUUGGCAAGACGUGCAGUGAGGCCUUUAUUAGCAAGCUUCUCAUGAGUGUGUACUGGGAAAAAGGACCUUCAGAACCCAUACCAACUGAAAGGUCCUAUAUUGGCACACGAGGAGGCAACAGUGCACAUAGCGGCCCUACUGCGUAGAAGCUCCUGGAUGUCACUUGACAAUUUGUGGGGGAGUUCGCUGCAUUGGGAAAGGACUAGUGAAUGCAUACUCCUUAAUGGUAAGACUUCAAAUCCAGUUAUUUUCCUCCCCUGGUUAAAAAAGGGAGGGAGAAUGCCAUUUUUUGAUAUGGUAAGCAAACGGAGUGUGCAUCUCGUUUCUCUCUUCCCACAGUAGUAUUCCCAUGGAGUAGAACGUUUUUCUUGGAUUAUGUUGGUUAACCCCAUUCUUUGCAGCUCAGCUAAGUAUCCAGUCUCUGGAACAUUUUAGCUCUCCAUUCUCUAUGCUAACCUUGUCCUUUGGUCUGGCUGUUGUGGUGUGCAAAAUCCUGUAUGGUGUCCUUUUUGCCACACUGCAACACUUUACAGAUGUGGAGGAUGUGAAAUUUGUCAUAAAUUAUGACUAUCCUAACUCCUCUGAGGACUAUAUCCACCGCAUUGGACGCACAGCCCGCAGUCAAAAAACAGGCACUGCCUACACCUUCUUCACCCCCAACAACAUGAAACAGGCCAGUGACCUCAUAGCUGUGCUCCG